AUGGAUAAUCAGUGUGAGAUAGAGAAAAUGGAUUCUGCGCAGGCCAAGUUCUUCCACACCAAACUUACGGUACUCAUCCAUGUCUUCAUGGGCCUUGUUUGGGCUGUGGUGCGCAGUGAUGUUGGAACAGGAAUGGGCCAUCCCCAAACUAUUCCCACAAAGAUGGACCAUGAUAUUGUCCAAAAUCUCUUGGUUGCAUGCUGGCUGUUGGACCCUGGCAGUGAGGAGAGGACUUUACCCAACAUGGUCACUGUCUACUGUCCAGAAGAAUUACCGCUGCUGGAUGGACUUGGAAAUGCACAUUCACACUGUCCUCGCGUCAGGGCGGCAACGACGAGCGUGCUCAUACACGCCGUCAUGAAUCAUCUCACUGGCAUGCUGGGGAAAGAAGGCACAUUGGAUUUAUUCAGGAGCAUAGAGAUGCCUUCCCAGGUUUGUUUGGCCCUGUUGGAAUUGAACGGAGUUGGCUUCAGUGUUGAAGAGUGUGAAAGACAAAAACAUGUGAUGCAAGCCAAACUGUCUGUGCUGGAAGCUGAAGCUUACACUCUGGCUGGACACAGCUUCUCCCUCACCAGUGUUGAUGACAUAGCACAGGUGUUGUUCUUAGAGCUCCAUCUACCUCCAAAUGGUGACGUAGGUGGAUCAAAAAGUAAGAAAACUCUGGGAUACACGAAGAGGGCCAGUGGCAGAGUACGACUUGGGAAGCAGUUCAGCACCACAAAGGAUGUUCUGGAGAAGCUUCGCCCGCUGCACCCGUUGCCAGGUGUAAUUCUGGAGUGGAGGCGCAUCACUAACGCCUUGACUAAAGUGGUGUUCCCUCUACAGAGGGAGAAACAGUUCCACCCCACACUGAAGAUGGACAGAAUAUACCCCAUCGCUCAAACACACACAGCCACUGGUGCAGCUGGAACUUCAGAACAAGGCCCAGCCUUCUCUGUUAGCAUGAGACAUGCCUUCAUUCCUUUUUCAGGUGGAAUGAUAUUAGCAGCUGAUUACUCCCAGCUGGAGUUAAGGGUGCUGGCUCACCUCUCAAAGGAUCAGCGUCUCCUGCAGGUGCUGAAUGGAGGAGCAGAUGUGUUUCGCUGCAUUGCGGCUGAGUGGAGUGUUGACCCAGAGAGGGUGAAUGACAGCCUCAGACAACAGGCAAAACAGAUUUGUUAUGGCAUUAUCUACGGGAUGGGAGCGAAGUCUCUGGGGGAGCAAAUGGGAGUGGAGGAGAAUGAUGCAGCUUGCUACAUUGAGAGUUUCAAAGCCAGAUACAAAGGGAUCAGUGCUUUUCUUAAACAGACUGUGAGGAACUGUAUAAAGGACGGCUAUGUCCAGACACUGAUGGGCCGCAGGAGAUAUCUACCUGGAAUCGCCAGCAACAAUGCACACAUCAAAGCUCAUGCAGAGCGGCAGGCAGUGAACACGACCGUACAAGGCUCGGCAGCUGAUAUUGUUAAACUUGCCACUGUGAACAUCCAGAGACGAUUACGGAAAAUGUAUCCUGCAGCUCCACUGUCUCAUCAGCACGCACAUUCAGUCUGUAAAUUAACCAUAUCUGUAAUCACAUCAGCCCGUAAUCAGCGUAGAGCUGGAUCAUUUCAGCUCAGAGGAGCCUAUUUCAUCAUGCAGCUGCAGGAUGAACUCAUCUACGAAACCACUGAAGAAGACCUCAUACAGGUUGCACAGAUAGUCAAGAGAGAGAUGGAGUCAGCAGUGAAACUGUAUGUGAAGCUUAAGGCUAAAGUCAAAGUGGGAUCCAGUUGGGGGAACCUGCAAGACCUUGAUAUAUGAAAUAUUACAGUUUAGUACAACACUUUAAUAUUUUAUAUUGAAAUCAAAUAACAAUGCACUUUUUGUUCAGUUGUAAUAUAUGUAAUGUUAUAUUUUUAAUCACUACAAUGACAAAUGAUGAAAUGUAACAAUGCAAGUAUGGUUUUUAGUUGAUCACCAUGAGAUCUAAAUGAACUACUGAAUGUAUUUAAUUCAGUUUUCCUGUGUACUGUAUCAAAUUAUGUUUUAA